ACAACAUAAAAUUACAAUUUCUCAUUUUGUAAAGCACAACCACCAGAAGCACUUGGUCGAACAUAAAAACUAAAAUCCUGAGGAGCAAAAAUGAAAGAGGGCCUACCAGCAAUCGGCUAACACGUUUCUCUACCUCUACAUCCUUAUCCUCUUUUCCCUAAAUCGAUUCCUUCUUUCCUUUUUUUUUUAGUAAAAUUUUACUCUUUCUUUCCUGCUAUCUAUCUAUCUUUAGGGUUGGUUUUAUCUAUCUUUAUCUCUCUAUCUUCUUCUUCUUCUUCUUUUUUUUUUUUUUGAAACCCUCGACUCGUCGCCGUGUUCAAAGUUUAUAUUUACGAUUGAAUCGGGGGUUGCUUCUUCUUCUUUUUUUAUUAUGGGCUUGGUAGCGGCUUUGCUUGAGAUUUUACAAAGACCAACUUUUGGGGAGGUAAUAUUAGAGCUGGGGAUGUUUAUGGCACCCAUCUGGAUUGCUGUUCUUGUUGGGGUCUUGGUUGGAUGGUCAUGGAAGCCCAAUUGGGCCAAUCUUGCCAUUGAUUCUGUACCUACAACACAUGUUCCUUCUCUCCAAAACUUGUCUUCUGGCUUUUCAACUCUCAAAUUGCAAAUUCCCUCUUGGAUCAAGGAAACUCACUCCCCACCCUCCAUUUCAUCCUCUACCUCCAGUUCAUUGCAGCUGGAAGCCGAAAAAUCGGUAGUAACCGAUGCAGACCUUCGUUACUUAGAUGGAUUAGUUGAAGAGCAAGAUGGAGGACCUGCAUGGAUUCAGAUGAUGGAUCGUUCUACCCCAAAUAUGUCCUAUCAGGCUUGGCGUAGAGAUCCCGAGACUGGACCUCCACAAUAUCGUAGCAGAACUGUAUAUGAGGAUGCCACUCCAGAAAUGUUGAGGGAUUUCUUCUGGGAAGAUGAAUUUCGAUUGAAGUGGGAUGACAUGCUUAUACAUGCUGAAACAUUGGAAGAGUGUCCUACCACUGGAACCAUGGUGGUUCAGUGGGUGCGUAAGUUUCCCUUCUUUUGCAGUGAUAGAGAGUACAUUAUAGGCCGUCGAAUUUGGGAGUCAGGGCGGACAUACUACUGCGUCACUAAGGGUGUACCAUGCCCUUCUGUGCCCCGUCGCAACAAACCAAGACGUGUUGAUCUCUACUAUUCAAGUUGGUUCAUCCGCGCAGCUGAAUCCAAGAGAGAUGGUCGGAUGACUGCCUGUGAAGUAUUACUCUUUCAUUAUGAAGACAUGGGUAUACCUUGGGAAAUUGCCAAACUCGGGGUAAGGCAAGGUAUGUGGGGAGCUGUGAGGAAGAUUGACCCUGGUUUACGUGCAUACCAGAGACAUAGAGCGUCUGGAGACCCAAUUUCACGAUGUGCUUUCAUGGCGCAAGUCAACACCAAAGUUGCUAUUGAGAAUCUCAGAUCAAUGGAGAGCGAAACCAAUCUUUCUGAGAUUGAGCGUGAGGAUUCACCUGAGAAGCCUGCAGGGAGGAUCAUACCGCGGUUCUUAGUUGUUGGUGGGGCAAUUGCCCUUGCUUGUAGUCUUGAUCGUGGACUCCUGACAAAAGCGGUUAUAUUUGGAGUUGCUAGAAGGUUUGCAGGGAUUGGGAAAAGGUUGUGAAACUGCUCUAGUAUGGGUCGAGGCAUUUUAUAUACAUCAUUUGAUCGAUAAGAGAACAUACUUUGGCAGCAAGGUAGCCACUGUGAAGAGCUAGGUCCUCCUCCAUAGUUAUAUUAUGUUGUCUUCUGUCGAGCUGCAAGGCAGCCACUGUUCAGGAGAAUCCAGAUUAUACUAUACAUGUAUUCGUUGAAAUUCUGGUGUCACUGAAUAUGUCAUGCUUCAAAUAAAAAGCAAAGCUGAUUCUUUUAUAUA